AUACCAACCCCCAACCCUCCUCGUUAAAAAUGUAAAUGCGAAAAAAUUCAAUACUGUGCAGCCAAACGCGACGGUCGCAGCGUUCUCCACUCACAAUCGCUCUCCCCGCUUUAUUUCCCCAGCACGUAAUGCUCCAGAUCCGUGAAUAUAACCCAAAAAUCGGUUAAAGAUUGAGAACGGUUUUCGAAUCGCCCCUAAAUCCUCAGUAAAAUCCCCAGCGAGGGCAACUUGCAAACCGGCAACAAAAUAAAAAGUGCACAGCCUGUCCAGUGAGUGAAAAGUGGCAAAGUGUUCGAGCGCUAAGCUAUAGCAUACGAUCUUGGGCAGAUCCGGCAAAACAUAUGUCAAGUGCAGGGCCCCGCGACUGCUAGCAGAGGCUGUGACUGCGACUUCCGCAUCCGCUCCUGUUUCUGUUGUUGUUGGUGGCAGCAGCAGCAGAUACAACAAUGAUAAGCAGAGCCGAUUCGCAGACAUAACACAUUGCGGUGGCGGUUGAGAAGAACGGCAUGGUGAAAAUGGAAUCCACGGAAGAACAGGAUCGAAAGCUAGUUUUGGAGUUCUGCCACCUGCUAGAGAAGUCCAAGCAGCUCUUCAACGGGCUCAGGGAUCUGCCUCAGUACGGCCAUCGGCAGUGGCAAGCCUACUUCGGCCGCACCUUCGAUGUCUACACGAAGCUGUGGAAGUUCCAGCAGCAACAUCGCAUGGUACUGGACUCAAAGUACGGCCUGAAACGCUGGCAGAUCGGCGAAAUAGCGAGCAAAAUUGGCCAGCUCUAUUAUCACUAUUACUUAAGAACCAGCGAAACCAACUACCUGAACGAGGCGUAUCAGUUCUAUGCGGCAAUCAGGGGCAGGGCCUACUACUCGCGGGCGGCCAAGGAGGAUCGGCCCGAUCUGAUGGUGAAAAAGCUGCGAUACUACGCCCGCUUCAUCGUGGUGUGCCUGCUGCUCAAGAAGAUGAAGCUGGUGCGCGAGCUGGUCACCGAGCUGGAGAAACAAAUACAGGAGUACACCAACACCUACGAGCCGGAGGAUCAUCUGGAGUGGUCGCUGGUGCUGGAGGAGAUCAAGGGCUUCAUCAAGGCGGAGGCGGCGGUGGCCGUCCUCCAUGCCGACUCCAAUCCCAUCAUCCUGUCGCACAGUGGUUCCGGUUCUAGGUUGUCGCCGCUGACGACGCCGCCCUGCGAGCGGUCGCCGCACAUGACGCUCAGUCUGCAGGAGAUCCUGAUCGUGGGCUCCGCCUGCGAGCAGGCCAAGUUCUCGGAACUAACGAUGGACAUGUUCCGGAUGCUGCAGACGCUGGAGCGCGAGCCCACGGAGUCGACCACGAAUCCGCUGAGCAUGGCCCACGGACUCCACGGGCACGACGCGAGUCCGGCCGCCAGCCGGAUACCGCCGUACGGAGUGCCGGGCUCCAAGGGCUACAUGGAGAACGGCCGGGCCUUUCGAGACAAUCCCCACAAGUAUUUACUGUACAAACCUUCGAUUAGCCAGCUGCUGGUGUUCCUCGCCAGCGGCUCCAAGGAACUGCCGCUGGGCGGUGCCCUGCUCCUUUACAUGUCCGCCGACGGCUGCUUCUCCACCACCAAACAUCCCGAGGAUUUUGGCUACGAACUGGGCGGCCUGGCCACCAGCGUGAAGCGGGACAGCGUGGACGGAGGCGGCCUGUCGUGCCGGGGCAAAUCUUACAAGGAAAACCACUGCCUAUAUCCGGGUGAUCUGUAUCCUUUCACACGGCGACCCAUGUUCGUCGUGAUCGACUCGGACAACUCGUUUGUCUUUCAGCACAUACCGCGCUACUUUGGCCAGCCGCUGGUGGUGCUCAUGUCGCCGCAGGAUGUGCCUCCAGCAUUCCAGGCUGAUGUCCAGCACCAUGGCUCGCUGUUUACAUUGUUCCUGCACUCCCCGCUCACCGCCCUCUGCUACAUCUGCAACGUUGGAGACGUGCCCAUCCACCACUGGGAACGCUGCCAGACCUACGUGGAUCGCUUCAUCACGGAGGCCUCGCGCCUAGUCACUCGGUGUCGCAUCGAUGAGAUCGAACAGGGCAUAGGAUUUAUAGACUCCUCCUAUGUGCAGUUCUUUGGCGACGACUUCCUGCGCACCCUGAUCCUCCGCUUCGUCUUCUGUGAUGUCGUGCUGCGUCUGCACCGCGGAUUCCGGGGGCGGCACAUGAGGCCGCGCUGCGAGCCCCAACUGCCGGCGAACGAGCUGCUGGAGCAUCCUUCGCUGUCGCACAUCAUCUUUCAGCUGGCCUCGGCCCUGGAUGUUCGGGGCCACUUCUCGGAGGGACCGGAGUGCGACUGAUGACUUUUAGCGGCCGUAGUCCUAGUGGUGGCCGUGGGGAUCUGCCUGCGACAGCAGCUGUGCCAGUUGAUCGAGAGGCAGCUUUCCGGAUGGAUGCUUUCGCUGUACAAUACCUUUCCGCUGGGCUGGAAUUGGGCCUGAGAACGGGGACGUGGGUUUCCAUGGGUUUCCGUUACCUUUCCUUGGCAGUGCCCCGGCUGCCGGCGUAAUUCAUUUUAAUAACGUAACGCAACGUAACUGCAUUAUAAUACGAAUAUAAAUAUAUAAAUACGAGUAUAAUAUAUAUGAUAUAUGCGUAUAUGGAUAAAGGUAAAUUAAUCAAGUAGCUAGUUUUCUUAUAUAGUGCGUCGCGCAAUGGAAAUGGUCCAAUGUUAGUUGCUUAGCAUAUACAUAAUUAAUGAUAACGAAGAUAUAAAUCAAUGAUAUUCAGCCGAUAUCGCUGCAGCAACAAGAACAACAACCACAAACAUGUCAAAAGAACCUAACAAACGAUAACUGCCAAAAGAAGAUGAAAACACAAAAAAAAAUAAGAAACCAAAAAACAAUUUAAGAAAAACGAAACCGAAGAUCUAAUCAAAUUUAGUUUGAGCGAUAGCGGGAAAUUUUUAUGAAAAUUGUGAGAGGGGAUUUUUUGUAUCGGGUCUAGGAUCGCCUGAUCGGGAAAAUAGGUAACUUUGUCAUACGCAGCGGAAACAUUUUAGCUUUUAUACAACCGAUAUUGAGAGAAACCUAAUCGAAAGUGAAUUACGAACACGACACACUAUAUAAGAAAGGGAAUGCGUUUUUUAUGCAUUGUACGCGGCGCUCAUAACAAAUUUAAAUUACGAAACCAGAAUAUUAUUGUACGUAUGUAAUAUUGCAUAUAUGUAUCUAUUAUGAUUACAAGAUGACUGAAAGUUACUGUUUCAACAAAGGAAAAAGAAAAAAUAAAGCAACCAAAAAGAUGGCAAAAUUUAGCAAAAGUAAUAAUAAAUAAUAACUUAUACAUAAUGCCCUAGUUAAGUGAAACAUGGAAAAUAUACAAAAUAUAUUUUGCGUAUGUAAAAGUAAAAGUAAAAUACAAAAAGCCCAACCAACAUUUUAUACGAACUAAACGCAUACAAAAUUUACACUUCAACUAACGAAUGAAACGAAAAAUCUGUUCUUGAAUCAUUUUUCCAAAAUGCCGCAAAUUUCCAUUUCGGUUUUCGGUUCAAACUGUGAAUUGGAACAGGUCACCGUAAUAAUAAAUAUUUAUGAUAACAUAUAGUUACAAGUCACACUAACUCUAUGGAUUUAUAGGCAAAUGAUAAACGCAAUAUUGAAAGUUACAAAAUUAUAUAUAUAAAGCAUAUAUAUUUCAAUACGAAAAUAAAACUAAAACUAGUUGAACGCAUAGUAAAUUACUUGAUCAUUUUUACACGACAAGCCGCAAACGAAAAUAAAGCAAAAUCUUACCAAAAAGAUAAAGACAAUUUAACAAUUACUUUAAAUUUAUUAUUUACUACGGAUAAUAUGUGCAUUUUUUAUAUAUUUAAACGAAAGAUAAACAAAUUUUACGCUAGUUACAAACAAAUUUUUCUGAAGUCUUCAAGCAGCCGUAUUAAAAACGAAAAACUACAACAAAACGAAAAGAAAAGAAAACUAAUUUAUUCAGCCGAGUUCUUAUCAACUUAUUCGCUUUGUUAACUAACAAAUUGUAUAGCUUUUUCACAAUUUCAUUUACACUUUUUGUACAUAUAGGACAAAUACUAAAAGAAUCGUUGAAAGAACCAAAUUGUAUCACUCACUCAUUGUAUCAUUUUACAUUCAGAUUUUUGUACAUUUUGAGAACUGCAUUUACGAAAUAGCGAGAACAAAUAAGGUAAAUACAUUAAAAGGAAAGAAAGAAAGAAUUGCAAAUAAUCAGCAACAUUAACCACACACACUCACACGUAAACGAAGCCCACAAACGAGAACAUCUAAACAUUAUCAUAAACAAAUUGUUUAAACGACAUGCAACACCGUCAAAGUCACAAAUAACAUACAAAAUCGAGAACGACAUACAGAAAUGAUAACAAAUUUAGCAAAGCCACAAGAGAAUAUUAUGAAAAUGGAACGGAGAACGAGAAAGUGUAUGGGAGUUUGUAUGAAGUAAUAAGAAUAAAGCACACGUUUGAAAAGAGA